UGCUCCCUCUCCGUCACUGGCUGACUGAGCUUCUACGAGCGCCACAGCCUGGACCAAUCGUCUCUCUCUCACGGUGUCUCCCUGCCUGUUAAUUGGCUGCCUCCCUCAGCCAGAGCAGCUGAGAAACACACCCAGCUGGCUUUAUCAGAGAGCAAGCUGAAGCCAAGUAGAGAGAGAGAGACAGAGAGAGAGAGACAUAGAGACAUAGAGAGAGAGAGUGAGAGAAAUAGAAAGUCAGUCAGCGAACGAGGGCACACGCGAGAGAGAGAAAGAGAGUGUAGUGUCUGUGAAGCAGUGCAGCUCGUUCUCCCCCCCUGUUGCUGAAUCUUCGCAGUCUGACGGACAAGAUGAACCACAGCUCCAUAGAACCGGCAGAGACCAUUGAGGCACUACGCUACAUCAGUAAGGUGGAGGUGGCAGCCAUCGAGACAGAGCUACUGAGUGACUACAGGUUCGGACAGCAGCAGCUCAUCGAGAUCUGGGGUCAUGCCUGCGCCAUCGCCAUCACCAAGGCCUUCCCCUUGAGCUCCCUGGGGAAGAAACAGCCCACUGUUCUGGUGGUCUGUGGACCCGAGCAGAACGGUUCUAUUGGACUGGUCUGUGCCCGACACCUGCGCAUAUUCGAGUACGAGCCCACCAUCUACUACCCGAAGCGCUCCCAGCACAGCCUGCACCAGGACUUCACCGUGCAGUGUGAGAAGAUGGACAUCCCCUUUCUGUCCUAUCUCCCCACGGAGGUCCAGCUGAUAAACGAUGCCUAUAACCUGGUGAUCGAUGCCAUCAUGGGGCCUGAGACCGACCAUGCCAACGUCAAGGAGCCCUACGCUGGCAUCCUGGUCACCCUCAAGCAGGUGAAGAUCCCCAUCGCCAGCGUGGACGUGCCCUCAGGUUGGAAUGUGGAUGAGGUCACCACAGACGGCAUCAACCCGGAAGUGCUCAUCUCGCUCACGGCACCCAAGAAAUGUGCCACCAGUUUUUCAGGGAAGCAUUUCCUGGCCGGUCGCUUCCUGCCUUACGACAUCCAGAAGAAAUAUGAUCUCAACCUGCCAGAGUACCCAGGCACAGACUGUCUUAUAGAAUUGUAAACACGCCAGCGAGUCUUCAUUUUGGAAAAUAUGAUUCUCAUGUUUUGUAUUUUAUAGAUUGUUACUGUGCUUUAUUGUCAAUGUGCUUCUCUCAAAGGGGCAUAGAGCAGGUUGCGCUGUAGUCCGAAUUUACUCUGUUUUGCUAAACACAGUACAGUGAAGAUUUUAUUUAGUCCUUGAGUGGUUUGAGUGUUUUUGCGACGGUCUGAGGAGUUUUUGGUGUGAGUUUUCAUGUAUAUGGCAACAUUACCCUCUGUGUCAUUCCGUUCUAGCUCAGAGAUGUUAUCCCUGAUGAUGGAUGGUGAAUGUGUUGGGCUGUACAUUCAAGAUUUCGCUGACUAAUUCACACACAACCUGGGUUGCGUUGAGAAUUAGUAUUUCUUUUCUGAGAGUUUUUUGGAACAAAAAUGUGUUCUCCUUUGUUUAUUUCUACAUCAAUCUAAACUGAUGUAUUUUCUUUACUGAACACGUAAUAGCAUAUGUCUGUACAUGUGCAUUAGCGUUAGCUCUUGGUCCUGUAAUAAAAAGUUUUAUCACUUA